AGCCCGCAUAGAGCAGGCGUUGAUCUCCAACUCCAUGAUUCCAUAAAAUAUGUUUUAUUGAUCCAUCAGGUGUUGUGCUUUAAAUAUUUUGACUCUUUCAGGGCUCGCUUUUGAACUGGAGGCUGCUACUUUUUCCAGUUGACACUUUCUAAUCAGGGCAGGUGUGGUAAAGUUGGGAUGACACCUAAAACAUUUUGGAAGGUCCUUUGCAUGCUAAGAAUCUGCUGGUGUCUUCUUCCUCAGACUGGCUACUUGCAUCCAGAUGAGUUUUUCCAGUCUCCAGAGGUCAUGGCAGGCAGCAUAUUGGACUUAAAGGUGCAUCAUCCAUGGGAAUUCCUCCCCAAAUCUCCUUGCAGGACUAUUGUGUUCCCACUGAUUACAUCUGGGGUUGCAUUCAGGGCCAUUAAGACUCUUCAGCAACUGGGCCUCUGGACAAACUGCAUUACCAGCUAUGCCCUCCUUGUCUCACCCCGCCUUCUUCUCACCAUCUUCUCCUUCAUCCUGGACUACAGUGUUUAUCAGCUAGCUCCUCUGUGGGGAGCAGAUCCAUGGAACUCACUGGCUUUGCUCGCCGGCUCCUAUGUCACAUUGGUGUUUUACACAAGAACAUUUGCUAAUACAGUUGAAGGGCUCCUUUUUGCCUUGCUGCUUGUAUUGGUGUCUUCAGGAGCAGUCGGCAAAGAAUUGCCCUCAGCAUCAGCCUCCAGGUGGCUGAAUCCUCUAAGUCACAGUCUCAUUGGGGUUGUAACAGUUGCUGGCUUUUUCAACAGGCCGACAUUUCUGGCAUUUGCUUUGACACCCUUGCUGUAUUGGACAGGUGUAGAUGCCACAUGUCGACAAAGCAUUAGAAGACCUAUAAACCAGCUCCUGCGGCUUGUCCCAAGUGCUAUUUUCACUGCCGUUAUCUUCAUAGCUGCUGACACAUGGUAUUUCACGCCUGCCCUAUCAGGACUUAGCCUGCAUAGUUUUUAUGAGGACAACCCAUGGAAGACCCUCACUAGGCUACGUCAGAGCGUAGUCGUGACCCCCUUUAACUUUCUCAGAUAUAACCUCAACCCUGAUAACCUUGCACAGCAUGGGGCUCACCCGCGUGUUACACAUUUCGCAAUCAAUGGGGUACUGCUUUUUGGGGCCCUUCACAUAGAGGCCAUCCACAAUGGUCUCAGACUACUGAAGGGCCACAUUGGCCAGGUCACCUGGCUCAGGGCACCCAAGAGGAGCUCACAUUCAGCAGCUGUACAUCCAGAAGGCAGGCAGGCUCUGCUGGCAUUCUAUUUUAUCCCUCUGGCAUGUCUUUCUUUAUUCAGCCACCAGGAACCUCGCUUCCUCAUCCCUCUUAUCUUGCCUUUGGUCCUCUUGAUCACACAGAAUAGACAGAACCAACCCUGGAAGUCUAUCAACAUCAUGUUUAAUAUUGGUGCUGCCCUUUUCUACGGCUGCUUCCAUCAGGGAGGUGUAAUCCCUUGUUUAUUCCACUUGGAACAGCUCACUCAUUCCCCUGAGUCCCUGAGCCAUCAUACACACUACACCCUCCUCUUUGCUCAUACCUACAUGCCUCCCAGGUUUCUCCUUAACAUUAACAAGAGUGACACAUUGGUGGAGAUCAUUGAUAUGGCUGGGGCUGAGAAAAGUCUCCUUUGCCAGAUCCUGGGAUCCUUAGUGAAUGGUUCUGCAUGCUUAGAUAUGGGUCUGCACAAAGAAAUAACUUGCCAUGUGUUGGUUAUCAUUCCUGGUACCAUCAGAACAAUGAUAGAGCAAUGCCAAUUACUGGUCAAGAAUGAGACAGUGGUAUUUCCACACUGGACAAUGGAAGACCCGCCACAAAUUUCCUUUCUCCUUACCAGCCAUGCGGCUCCUCCCGGCUGCCCCGCGGCCCUGAGGAAUGCCGGCUCCGACCUGCCUCUUCCUGCCACGAGGCGACUCCCCACCCGCCACCGAGCAACGGCUUCCCGGGGGAGGGCGCGCGGCUGGCCGGGGCCUUUCUGCUCCGGGACGCCUGGGUCCAAGCCGCCACCUGGCGCCCCGGGCUCCUCCCGGGGGGCGCCGCCGAUCGCGUGCGACGGGCCAGAGGCGGCGCCUGCCCAGGCCGGCUGGCGAUAA